CCCGCCUGGCCGGGCCGCCAUCUUGGCUGGGAGCUGCGGUCGCGCCGCAGCGGGAGGCGAAGGGGGAAGGGGGGGGGGUCCCGGCCCUGCCCGCUUCAUUCUGUGACGCUCCCUCCUUCCCUCCUUCCUUCCCUUUCUCCUUCCCUCGCUCGGCCUCCGGCUGCAGGCUAGGCGGGGCGGCCCGGCGGCGGAGCGGCCUGCUCCAGCGGGGAGAGAUGAGCAACAACAGUAAUAAGAGAGCACCCACGACAGCAACACAGAGGCUGAAACAAGACUACCUUCGAAUUAAGAAGGAUCCAGUGCCUUACAUCUGUGCAGAGCCCCUCCCAUCCAAUAUCCUGGAAUGGCACUACGUUGUGAGGGGACCUGAAAUGACUCCCUAUGAAGGUGGCUAUUAUCAUGGGAAACUAAUAUUCCCCAGAGAAUUUCCUUUUAAACCUCCUAGUAUUUAUAUGAUUACACCUAAUGGAAGGUUUAAGUGUAAUACAAGGUUGUGUCUUUCCAUCACUGAUUUCCACCCGGAUACAUGGAAUCCAGCUUGGUCAGUCUCAACGAUCUUGACGGGCCUUCUUAGUUUUAUGGUGGAAAAGGGCCCCACACUGGGCAGCAUAGAGACAUCAGAGUUCACAAAAAGGCAGCUGGCAGCACAAAGCUUAGCAUUUAACCUAAAAGAUAAAGUCUUCUGUGAGCUCUUCCCUGAAGUGGUGGAGGAGAUGAAACAAAAACAGAAAGCACAAGAAGAGCUCAGUAACAGACCUCCAUCCCUUCCUUUGCCAGAUGUUGUCCCUGAUGGGGAAGCACACUAUGGGCAGAAUGGAAUACCCCUCCUUAAUGGGCACGUACCCCUGGCACCUGCCAAUCACCCCGGUCUCCAGCAGGCCAACCGCAACCAUGGACUUCUAGGCGGAGCUCUGGCGAACUUGUUUGUUAUAGUUGGUUUUGCAGCCUUUGCCUACACAGUCAAGUAUGUACUGAGAAGCAUAGCGCAAGAAUGAGGAUAAUAAAUCCAAGACCAAAUUAGCAGUAGUUGCAGAAUGAGUGGGGACUCUUUGGGCAUCUUGACUCUGACACUGGGAGAGUUAAUUGUUUGACCGAGUUGGAGGUGAAACGUUUGUUGGCUCAUGGGUUAUGUUUGGAGUAGCUUUGGUUAGUCAGACAACUAAAAGAUGUUCUGCUCGCAGAUCCUCUUGUCCUCACUACUGUCUGGUAGUGGCUCACAAGUCAAAGCAUUAUUAUGAGAAGCUAACAUUUCUAGUGCUUUGAUUUUUAUAGCAGUUCUUCCAUCUGUGAUUUGAAAUUUGCAGAUCUUGAGCAAACGAGGCUUUUUACUUCAUUGAACACUUUUUAAAACUUCACAAUUUAUGCAUAUCGUGUUUUAUUUUCAUUAAGGUUGAGUCUGUGCAGAUUUUGAAAUGAAAUGACUAGAGAUUUACAUGUGGACUUGGUCAAGGGUUUGCUUAAUGUGAACAUUGAUGCUACAGAAGAUUGCUGGUUUCUUUUUUUAAAACAGAAUGAACACCAUUGCAUAUCUAGUCAGUAGUGAUUAGAUGAGUGGGACAAUAACACCAUGUGUGUUACUUGUGUUGUCUAAAUUGUCACAAUGUAAUUGAAAGUUUUAUUUGGGCUACAAGAAGUGCAGUUGUCAGCUUUUAGGAAUGAAUAGUGAGAAAACUCAUUUAAUCAGUCUUUAGAGGGGAUAGCAAUAUCCAGUAUUGGUUUGGAUUUGUUCCCUUAUGGGUUUCCAGUUUGGGAGAUGUUCUAUCUGAAAACUGUAAUACUUAAUUUUGAUCACAAGGUGCCACUGUUGGAAAAAAAAUAAAACUGCACACACCAAUGGAGAGUUGAUUGUGUAUUCAGAAAAUCUUCCCUGCAUUUCUGGGGCUUUGGUAAAUGCAGGAACCCUAGCCCUUGUGAAGAUAAAAAAGACAUGGGUGAAUAAUAAACCAGCUUCAUCAGAGUCAACUGAAUAAAUCUGAAGUGUCAUAAGCUGGAGUAAAUCCUUAACAUUUGUUCCACUUUCUUACUUGAAGAUUUGCUUAAACUCUUCAAAAAACCACCACCACUAAAGUCCAAACCCUUCAAAUCCGUCUGAGAUUCUCAAAGCUUUUUAAUUUUAGGUACAAGUUCAUCACUGUUCCCCCUCAGAUGAUUGAUGAUGGAAAUAUUGAUGUUUGUUCAGGGAAUCCCAGGACUGUGGAUAAACACUAAAACCCCUAGGAUAGUUCAAAAAUCUGAAAUUACUUUUUUCUUAACUGAGUUUUCUUGGUUCCACCCCCCUGCUUAAUUUUACCCCAAUGCUUUGUUGCAUCAGAGGCAAACUUCUGUGCCUUUCAUGAUUAUUGACAGUGAUGCCUCUUCAUCUGGGGAAGAACAUACAGUUCAUGUACAACAAACUGUCCAAGGUGACAAGCUCUGCAUCUAACUGCAUAGUCUUCUUACAAGGAUUGUGAAGAGCUCAGAUAAAUAUUACCUCAAAUAUCUAAGAAUUUUUUUGAAACUAUUUUAUUUUCCUUUUCAGAUUUCUUCUCACUGCUUCUCCUUGGUGUCUUGAAUUGUAAGCAAAAGUGUAUUGUUAACCCAUGAGCCAUACAGCUUAAAGCAUCAGUAAAUGUGACCAAUUCUCUGCAAUAGGUAGGAAUUAUCAAAAUUAGCAGAACAGCUCUCUACUAAAGAAAUCUUAAAGCAGUUCUUAUUGAGGUAAGGAAGGGAAAGAGGAGAUGGGGUGUGUGGGGUUGGAAUUUGGAAGAGGCUGGAUUUUAAACUAUUUAUAAAUAUUUGAUUUUUUUUUUUAAUUUUGUUGUUCUACCAAAUCUUAUUUAUAACUUUUUUAAUUUACCUCUUGUAUGUGCUUAAUCAGCUCUUGUAAUAAGAGAAGCACCAGUUGUACCUAUCUCAAAGCAGUUAUGUUCUGUUGGUCUGGGGGUGUGCUGGAAAGAAAGGGGGAGUGUUGUGUCUUUCCUGCAAUGACAGGAUUUUCAAAUGGCAUGUCAGACUGGUGUUAUUUUUCUCAAAGCAUCUAGACCUGUAGCUGAGGCUGCUCUGCCUCAGAGAUCUUGGUAUCAUUCACACGUUUGUGUUCUUACACUGCCUUUUAUUGACAUCACCUACAGACAGAAGCUUAUAAUUAAUUGGUUGUCCAUCUUUAUCUUGUGGAAGUUCUUUUGUCCACAUAAAUGAAGACAAAGGCAAGCAGACCUUGGUUGUGGUGUGUUUUCAUCUUUUGUGAAAUGUACCUCACCUAGGUAAAAGACCUAGUCCAGUCUGGAGAUGCUGAAUAAAAGGCAUUUUACUUUGUGACAAGAAGUUGGCCUUAAGCUGCACCCAAGUAACUGAAGGUGGAUCUCAUUUUUAGUAAGUGCCACAAUUGGAAACAAAAGAACUUUGGUAAAACCCUGGACAUGCUGCAUUUUUUCUGCAGAUUGACUAUUAAAAAAAAAUACACCACAAAAACCACGACUUCCAGUUGCAGUUUCUCUUUAGUACCCUGGAUUCAGAGAGAGACUAGACAGUCAUUUCAGGUGCUAGCUGUUGAAAGCUAGGAGCAAUAGCUGACUGAACCCUUGCAUCUGUGGCUUACAAGAUGUUGAUACAUCUCCUUGCCUUUGGUAACAGAAGAUUGAUUCCCUCCUGUGUAGGUUUGAUUGGUUUGUAUUUUUAAAAGCAUUUCUAUCAGUAUGCAGGAUCUGAUCUUUUUGUUACCAAAGCCAUUAGAUGGAGGAAACCAUUCUUUGCCAUGCAAAAAUAUUACCAUGCCCUGAAGCAGUGCAUUACUUCAUGUAAUAAAGCUAAAAGCUGCUCCUCACCAUCUUCUGAUACUGGAACAAAUGUCUGGCCCUUCACUUUGAUGCUGCAGUUGUAUAAAUUUCUGUAAGGUUGUUGCAGGUGGCAGGGAGUUUUGGCAGCUUGAAUCAGAAGACAUCUCAGUGGUUGCCUUUUAAAGCUCUCUUGAUUCUUAAAAUCCUGGAUUUGUGUGUAGUCAUAACUCUUCUCCCCCUAAGAUUUCAAGGUCACUGAAGUUACUUCAAGCAUGUACUGAGGAGUAGAAAUGACUGCAUUGUAAAGUUGUUUGUUCAUAAUAAACAUUCAUGAUCAAAUUUCA